UUCCGACCUCACCGUCUCACCGCCGCAUCCCGCUCGCCGGUCACCGGCUAGACGCCGCCGUCGCGCGGGCUCCUGGGUUGCCGUGUCUCCAUCGCUUCCUUGUUGGCCUGUUCCUGCGAGCUUCGCCCUCUGGCUUCCUCCCUGUUCGGGAUCCGGGAUCGUGUGUCUGCCUCUCGGCUCGCUGCGCCGCCGCCGCCGCCGGCUCGUCCCGUCUGUGUGUGUGUUUGUGCAGGAUUCUGGCUUAAAAGGGAUAAUCUAUGCCGUCGAAAUCGUGGCAUCAGUUGUCAUUCAAUUCAAUCCCCUUGUUGAUUCAUGUGCUUGCAGUUGAAAUUGGAGUAAAUAUACAAUGAGGCUGUUGAAAGCGGAUCAGUUGUUCAGGAAAGUCAUUGACGGCGGGUGGAGAAAGCAAUCUCGACUGCUUGGGCUUGACGUUGGUAGUAAGUAUGUUGGGCUGGCUGUUUCCGACGACAAAAAUAGGAUCGCAUUGCCUCUAAGUGUAUUGAGCAGGACAAAGACAAACAUCAGCUUGAUGGCGGAUGAUUUCGUAACUUUGGUCUCAAAAUACUCCCUUGCAGGCUUUGUUGUCGGCUAUCCGUUCAACUUGCAGGGUCAAUCUAGUCCAAAUGCAUUACAAGUAAGGCUUCUUGUUGGAGAGCUCUGUAAAACUGGGAAACUUGAUGAUAUGAGUUACACCUAUUGGGAUGAAAAUUUUACCUCGAAGGUGAUGUGUGUAGAAGCCCUUUUACAUCCUCUGAAACUACAUGACCCAGUUGAAACCAAAACAAUGACAGAUAAAUUUGCUGCGGUUUGCAUACUCCAGCGCUACCUAGAUAAUAUGAACAGAGAAUUGAGAUCUGCAGAUAAUUCUGGAAAACAGGGUGACACCUGAGUUCCACAAUGCAUAUAUUAUUCUGUUCGGUGCACACUAAACCAAAGACAACGGAAUCAGCAUCUGUUCGGUGUACUGCUGCCUUAGUGUACUGCUGCCUUAUGAAAAAGGCUGUGCAGUUCAUUGAGACAUGUACAAAACUCUGAGUUUAUGCUCUCGUAUACGCCUGAUAAGUUUUGUAGAUGCAGACUUGCAGAGCUGACAAUUCGUCAGCUAGCAAGGGCAGCUUCCCUGCCUGCCUGCUAGAGGCAAUUUGUUGUAGGUGAUGCACAAGUACUAGGAAUCUUUUCCCCCUUCCUUUAUUUUCUUGCUUAUGAGGCCAUUGGCACCGAAAUGCCUGCUUAUGCGCAGCUUGAACAAUCUCUUCCAAUAUGAUUGCCGAGCAUGCGCGUGUGUAUAUGAGCCUCUAUUGUGUUUCGGGAAAAAAAAUGAUUGCCGAGCCAAGAAGAUGCAAUCAGGCUGUCGAGUCAAAUCAGGUUGAUAAUGGCGUGCUGCAGCCAGAUUCCAUUUCCUAUGUCUGCAUGCGCAUGCUUAGACAAAAUUCACCGUGAUGUUAACAACUCAUGUCAUUCGACGACGGGCAGCUUUUGAUCAUUGUCACAUCCCUGAUACUUGUAAAUCCUCAAUAAUGUUUCCUCAGUUGUGCA